CACCACCUUCGAUACAUUGCAUCGCACCAUCAUCAUGGCUGCUAAGACCGCCGACUCGCCCGGAAACGCCUAUUAUCCGAACAGUCCCCCAAUGCGCCGACCGGGCCUAACAUUCCUGUACCGCCUCGAGUGCACCAUCGAUGCAGAAGAACUCAACAUUGGUGCUCCCCACGGCGCAGGCAUAAUCCGGAGCAUCGCGAACAUCACCGGGGGUACAUUCAAGGGACCAGACCUCGAAGGAACGGUCCUCCCACUGGGGGGAGCAGACUGGGCCACGGUCAUUGAGGGUACCCACUCCAUGACACUCGACGCCCGAUACACCAUCAAAACCACCGACGGCCAUUACCUCUUUGUGCAGGCCCAUGGGCUUUACCGUCCGGGACCGGGGACAAAAUACGCCAAGCAGGUUGCCGCGGAUCCGGAGAAAAGACCUCCGUCGACCGUUACACAGGACGACGUUGAGUUCUUCUCGCAUUUACGGAUCGAAGCGGGUGGAAAGAAGUAUAACUGGCUAAAUGGGUUAGUUUGUGUCGGCGUCAUGAGUUGUGAGGAUGACCGGAUUCUUAUUGAUGCCUACUAUUUGACGAACUUUGGGGGCCUUGGGCCGGAGGACAUUGUUAUGGUUAGGAAGUAA